UUUUCUUCUGUAAAGUCGAACGAGACUCAUCAGUUACAAACAUGUCUCGUUUCUUUGUCUUCUUCUUCCUCGCUUCAUUCCUCGUUGCGCUGUCAGCAUCCAUGCCUAGCGAUGACGGUCAAGGUAGCAGAGUGAAAGCUGGCGAAUGCCCCUCUGAUGUUGGUAUCAUAUCAACUUGCACGAACACAUGCAAAUUCGACUACAACUGCCCUGACUCUUCUAAAUGCUGCCGCUGGGGCUGUGCGUGGCAUUGUGUCCCUGCUGUCAACAACUAAUUUAACCCUGGUCUAGAUUGUAUCGACAAAUCUAAUUAGAUAUUUCUUGUUAUUCGGUUUCAGAAUAUUGUGAUAUUGAUAUUCAUUAAAAUAAAAUUAAUUGUUAGUAA